AUGUCGUCGUCGUAUCGGAACAGCCCUCGGCGGCAGUCCCACGCCGUCGACCUGGCUGCCGCCAGCUCCAGCAUCAAUCGCAACCCGUCGACGACUUCGUCAGCCUCGUCGGGAUACUCGUACGCCUCUGACCACAGCAUCAACAGCCAGUCGACGUCGGCAACUAGCGUUUACGGAUCCACGGGCCACAAGCGCGGCCAGAGCGAUGUCAUUGCCCGAGCCCGAUUCUUCGAGACGGCGGAGGCGAGCAGCUCCAGCACGGCCAAGGGCCCGGACAACAUCUACGGCUCAGUCCGACAGUCGCUCCGCCCAUUGCCGCGAACCCCUACGGCUUCUUCCAUCGAAGCCCCAGCGACGCCGCCGCAUGCAUCCAGGCCGCGCGAGAGAGGCCAGAGCAUCGACAUCGGCCGACUGUCACUGUCCCAGAACGAAGGCUCUGCCUCGCCGACCACGACUGCGACUCCGCGACCUUUGCCACCGCGCCCAACCUCCAUGUUCAUGUCCCGAGGCGAGCCUGCGAUCCCAGAAGAAGCGGUCGUGCCGCCCUCACGUCAUGGACAUUCCCACAGCGCUCAUAUAGCUCGCCCUGAUCUUGAGCGGCUGGGCAGAUCGUCCACCAGCCAGCUUCGGACUCUUUCUCAGCUUGCCAAAUCCGAGGAGGCAGAGGACUUUAGCAUCAUCUCGCCCGCGCAGGAAGUGGCUGGUCUCCGAGGCCGGCGGAAGCUGCAGCGCACCGACAAGACCGCUGGCGGUCGCGGGCCGAGGACCAACUAUGGCUGGGAGGGACGCAACUGGAUGGACAAGCAGCGCAGGUUCCUCCAGGCAUACGAAUACCUCUGCCAUAUUGGUGAGGCCAAGGAGUGGAUUGAAGAUGUCAUCCAGCAGACGCUACCGCCCAUUGUCGAGCUGGAGGAGGCAUUGCGCGACGGUGUUACGCUGGCAGAAGUGGUUGAGUCGCUAAAUCCGGACAGACGGUAUCGAAUAUUCAGGAAUCCAAAGCUGCAAUUUCGACAUUCUGAUAACAUUGCUAUUUUCUUCCGAUAUCUGGACGAGGUUGAGCUACCCGACCUGUUCCGUUUUGAGCUUAUCGAUCUCUACGAAAAGAAGAACAUUCCGAAAGUCAUCUACUGUAUCCAUGCCCUGAGUUGGCUCCUAUUUCGCAAGGGCAUCGUUGACUUUCGCAUUGGCAACCUCAUUGGUCAGCUGGAAUUCGAACAUCAUGAACUGGAGGCCAUGCAAAAGGGGUUGGACAUGCUGGGCGUCAACAUGCCCAGCUUUGGCAACAUGGGGGCUGACUUUGGCGUUCCGGAGCCCGAGCCCGAACCCGAGCCUGAGGAGACUGAAGAGGAGAGGAUCGACCGCGAACUGGCAGAGAACGAGGCUAUGAUUAUCGACUUCCAGGCCCAGCUUCGUGGCGCGCUGCUCCGGUUGAAGCUGGGAGAGAUGAUGCAAGGCUUUUGGGAUGAGGAGGCGUGGUUGAUUGACUUACAGGCCAGAAUACGGGGCAACUUUGCCCGCCAGAUCGCAGACUACCGAAUGCAGAUGAGGAAAGCGACCAUACUCGUCCAGAGCCUUGUCCGCGGAUUCCUUGUUCGGAGAGGACUCAAGAAGAGUGACCAAGACAGGAAAGCUGCCGAGCCUGCCAUCUUAGCCUUCCAGAGUAUGCUUCGUGCUCAGAAGGUUCGAAACGAGAUGCAGGGCCUCAAGAAUGUCAUGGCUCGUUGCGAAGGCCCAAUCAGGGCAAUUCAAGCAAUGUCCAAGGGCUUCUUGCUGCGCAAAGCUCAAACCAUCCAGCAACAGGAGACAAAGCAGGCGACGCAUGAAGUGGAGGAUCUCCAGGCACUCGCCAGAGGAAUGUUGCUGCGGUAUCAAGUCAGCAAAGAGUUGCGCCAGCUCGAGGAGCAUACGCCGAUGGUUGCCAGCCUCCAAGCUGCUGUCAGGGCUACGCUGUUGCGAGCGAAAAUUGAACAGCAACAACAGGAUCUCAAUUCUUUCACCGAUACAUGGACCUCCCUUCAGAGUGCGAUUCGUGGUCGUGCCGCUCGAAAGGAGCAGGAGGUUCUCAAGGCCGAACUGGCCGAGCAUGUGCCCAUGGUUGGACAGCUCCAAGCUGCCAUGCGAGCAGCUGCCGUCAGGAGAGAGGUUUCAACUCUUCUCGACGGCUUAAAGGAGGACGAACCUGCUAUUAUUGAACUACAAGCACUCAUUAGGGCCAUGUUUGAGAGGCGCAGAGUGGCGGCAAUCCUGGACGAACUCGACCGAGAGGAACCCGCAGUCGUCGAGUUGCAAGCCCAGAUUCGAGGCUUCUUGUACCGGCGGUAUCACUCCGCCUUGUGUGAGGAGCUGGCAUCUCACGAUGCGGCGACUGCCGAGUUCCAAGCCAUCCUCAAGGCCAUGAUGGAGCGCGCGAGGAUUGAUGACUUGCUCACCGAGCUUCUCGAGGAGGAAGACUCUAUUGUCAUUUUCCAAGCAGCUGCCAAGGCUUACCUGAUUAGGCUUCGGUUCGAAGAGAAGAAGCGGUUCUACGAGGAGAACAUGAAGAAGGUGAUCAAGAUCCAGAGCUUCGUACGUGCCAAGGUGCAGGGCGAGGCAUACAAGAGCCUUACCACGGGCAAAAACCCGCCCGUCAGCGCCGUCAAGAACUUUGUGCACCUGCUUAAUGACAGCGACUUUGACUUCAACGAGGAAGUCGAGUUUGAGCGGAUGCGGAAGACGGUGGUCCAGCACGUGCGGCAAAACGAAAUGCUUGAGCAGUACAUUGAUCAGCUGGAUAUCAAGAUUGCUCUCCUCGUCAAGAACAAGAUUACGCUUGAUGAAGUCGUCAGGCAUCAGCACACUUUUGGCGGGACGUCGAUGGGUCUACUGGCCAACUCUACGAUGGCAUCCACGAACCAGUUUGACCUCAAGGCACUCAACAAGAGCUCCAGGAAAAAGUUGGAGUCUUACCAGCAGCUCUUCUUUGCGCUCCAGACGCAGCCGCAUUAUCUCGCCCGCUUGUUCAAGCACAUCCGUGUGCAGGCGACGGCCGAAAAGGAGAGCCGGCGCAUCGAGCUUCUUAUGAUGAGCCUGUUUGGCUAUGCCCAGAAGCGGCGAGAGGAGUACUACCUCCUGAAGCUGAUUGCCCGGUCGAUACGGGAAGAGGUCGAGAGCACCACGAGCGCCUUGGAGUAUUCCCGAGGCCACUACUUUUGGGCCAAGCUGCUUGCCAACUAUACGCGGUCUCCACGGGAUCGCAAGUAUCUCCGAUCCCUAUUGGGGCCCUUGAUCCGCGACAACAUCAUCGAGGACCCGGCGCUUGACCUGGAGAGUGACCCGAUGCAGAUCUACAGAUCCGCCAUCAACAACGAGGAGCUGCGGACAGGAAGGCCGGAUCAUCGACCUCUGGAUGUGCCUCGUGAGGUUGCCAUCCGCGAUCCUGAGACGCGACGCCUCUUCAUCGACCAUCUGCGCGACUUGCGAGAGAUUUGCGACCAGUUGUUCCUGGCCUUGGAGGAGCAGGUGCAUAAAAUGCCCUACGGCCUCCGGUUCGUCUGCAGCGAGAUGUUCCAGGCGCUGCGCCAGCACUUCACUCGCGAGCCCCAAGAGAACCUCAUGCAGAUGGUGUCCCACUGGCUGUGGAAGUUUUACCUGCAGCCAGCCGUCACCAUGCCCGAAAACAUGGGCGUCAUUGACAAGUCGCUCAGCCCCCUCCAGAAGCGAAACCUCGGCGAGGUCGCCAAGGUGGUCGGCCAGAUUGCGCUGGGCCGGCCGUUUGGCGGCGAAAACAUCUACCUGCAGCCCCUGAAUGCCUUCAUCGGCGAGUCCAUCGAGCGCCUGCAGCAGAUCACCAGCGACCUCAUCACCGUGCCAGAUGCCGAGAGGACGUUUGACAUUGACGAAUUCAACGAUCUGUAUGCGAAGAACAAGCCCACCUUGUACGUCAAGAUGUCGGAUGUGUUUGCCAUUCACAAUCUCGUGGCAGCCGAGCUCAUGGUCAUGGCUCCAACCCGAGACGACGUUCUGCGAGAAAUCAUGCAGGAUCUGGGCAGCGCCAAGAGCAACGAGAACGAGAUGAGUGCAGCCGGAGCGGCGGAUAUUCAGAUGUUUCUGACUCCCAGGCUGCACGACCUCGAGGAUCCCGAGGCGGAUAUCAAGGCUUUGUUCAUGGAGACGAAGCGGUGCGUUUUGUACAUCAUCAGGGUGCAAACGGGGGCCAACCUUUUGGAGAUCCUCGUCAAGCCAAUCACCCCCGAGGAUGAGGACAAGUGGGAGGCGCUUCUCCGCGAGGAAUUUGCGGCAGGCAGCAACUCCCGAGGGGCGUAUUCAGACGCUAAGAUGGCUGACAUCACCUCCAUGUCCUACUACGACCUUAAGCGAACGGCUCUGGAGAACAUUAUGCAGCUGGAGCAGAUGGGAAGGAUCACCAAGCAGAACCAGUACCAAGACGUGCUCAACGCCAUUGCUAGCGAUAUCCGGACCCAGAGCCGCAGGCGUGUCCAGAGACAACGAGAGCUGGACGGCGUGCGGCUGACGCUUGCCAACCUGAACGAGAAGGCCAAGUACCUUGAGCAGCAACGCAAGAGCUACGACGACUACAUUGAGCAGGCCAUGAAGACGCUCCAGAACAAGAAGGGGCGAAAACGGUUCCUGAUGCCCUUUACCAAGCAGUACAACCAUCAACGGGAGCUUGAACGCAGCGGCCGGGUGCCCAAGUUUGGAAGCUACAAGUAUAGCGCGCGAGCACUGUCAGAAAAGGGCGUUUUGGUGUCGUGGACCGGCACGUCUGACCGCGAAUGGGACAAGAUUGACUUGACAAUCUCGUGCGACCAGGUGGGCGUGUUUACCAUUGAGGGCACGCGAAGCCACAUUCAGAUUCCUGGAGCGACGGCCCAAGUGCCCAUUGAGGACAUGCUCCAGGCCCAGUUCGAGGCUCAUCAGUUCAUGACGCUGUUCGAGGGCAACCUCAAGCUCAACGUGAACCUGCUGCUGCAUCUCAUCUACAGGAAGUUUUACCGGACGCAGUGA